AUGAGACUUCCAAAAUUUUCACUGAAGCGGUGUUUCAUCAUUCUUGUUAUAUUUUGUGCUCUCCUGCUAUUUGUGAUAAAUCUUAGAGAGAAGGAAAUAUGGCAUAACAAGGUGUUAGUUCCAACAACACAUCACCAAGAGCAUCAUGCAGACAAGAAAAUUGAAAAUAUUCAUGAUAAUAAUAAUUUUGAUCAUCAACAACCGAAACAUGUAACCACGCAACGUCCCCAAUCAAAUGAAGUAAAUUUAGAAUCGAAAAUAAAUAGUAAUAAUAAUAUAAAUGAAGAUACAGUGUCAAAUGAUGAUAAGAAAGUGGAAAUAGACAGAGAUGAGUCAGUGUAUGUGACGAGACCUUGGUACUUUACAAAUGGAGAGCGAUAUCCAAAGCCAGCAAGAAUCAAUAAAAAGACAAAUAAGAGACUGGCAAAAUUGACGCCAUCAGAAGAUUCUAGAAGUGAUAGAAUCACCAAUCAAUUAAUGUUCAUUCCGCCAAAUUAUGAAGAAAUCAGAAAUAGUGGUAGACUAAAGACUAUAUUAUUAUAUAAUGGCUUAGGACCAUGGAAUAAUAUUAAACAAGGCCGUGCUGUUUUUACAUCUUCAAAAUGUCCUGUUGACACGUGUUCAAUAACACAAAAUCGUGAUGCAGCUAAAGAUGCUGACUUGAUACUUUAUAAGGACCACUUCAUUCCAACAGGUGUUCCAAAACAUCCUACACAACUUUAUAUGCUUUAUUUCCUUGAAUGUCCUUAUCACACGCAGCAUAUCAAAUUUCCAGAUGUUUUUAAUUGGACAUCCACUUACAGGCGAGAUUCUGAUAUUGUUGCACCAUACGAAAAUUGGCAAUAUUUCGAUCCUAAAGUAACCUACAUAGAACAAGAUAGAAAUUAUGCCCUUAAUAAGACGAAAAAGGUAGCAUGGUUUGUCUCCAACUGCUCAGCUCGAAACAAUCGGUUGCAAUUUGCACAAGAACUAGGAAAAUAUAUUCAAGUCGACAUUUAUGGAGCUUGUGGAAAUUUCAAAUGUUCACGAUCGAAUGCUGACAAAUGCUUCGAAAUUCUCGAUCGAGAUUAUAAAUUUUAUUUGGCAUUCGAAAAUUCAAAUUGCAAAGACUACGUCACAGAAAAGUUCUUUGUUAAUGGCCUUUCUCGUAAUGUUCUUCCCAUUGUCAUGGGUGCGCGACCUGAAGAUUAUGAAAUGAGUUCACCACUCAAAAGCUACAUUCAUAUUGAUGAAUUUAGUUCCGCAAAAGAGUUGGCAGAGUACUUGCAUAUAUUAGACAAAAAUGAUGAACUCUACAAUUCAUAUUUCAAAUGGAAGAGUACUGGAGAAUUCAUAAACACUUAUUUUUGGUGUAGAGUAUGUUCGAUGUUGCACGACGAAGAAUCAAUUAGUCAGCCUAAGUGGUAUGAGGACGUGAACGAUUGGUGGCGAGGACAAGGAGUCUGUACGAGUAGUUCGUGGAGGAAAUUCCAGGCAAGAAAAGAAGUCAUGAGCGACGAUUAG